GAUCGUUUAGUUUCCCACUCGCACAUUUUUCACAUAACAAACAGUGUAUCGCAGGAACAGACAAGUCGCAGCUCUGUCUCGGGACACAACACACCAUCCUGCCCGCGUGAAUGGACGGCUGGAGGCGAACACAGAGCAAGAUUCCAGGAAGUUAAAAGCGAAUAAUGUGAUAAAGAAACGAUGUGCUCCACGGGAACCAAUGCGGAGCUACAACAAACAUCGUCCGACCCGGCUCUGGUGCUGGAGCUGAAGACCAGGCGUCCUCCGUCUCUGGAGGGCCGAGCGGGCUGUGAGACCUGGAGCGUGGACUUCUCCCCGGACGGAGCCUGGUUCGCCUGGUCGAUGGGACACGGCAUCGUCUGGGUGGUCGCCUGGCCUCUCGACUCGGAAGACAAUCAGAAUGCAGAGAUCGAUCGUGGAGACAAGAGCUUCAGUUGUGGCCAUCCAGUGUGGGGCCUGGCCUUCGGACCCAGGCCUCCAAAAUCAUCAGCUGUGGCGCGCCAAGCUAAAACAGGGAAAACAUCAAAAGGGAGCAAAAGCCUGCUUCUGGCCACGGGUUUAGAGAACGGGGUGAUCAAAAUCUGGAAUGUGUUAACAGGUGAUGCUGUGUUUGAUCUCCAUGGCCACGAAGGUGUUGUGAGGGACCUGGUCUUCCCUCAGAAUGGGACGCUCACACUCAUAUCGUCCUCUCGGGACAAGACUUUGAGGAUUUGGGACCUGGCUCAGAAAGGUAAAACGGUGCAGGUGCUUUCUGGCCAUAAAGACUGGAUCAGUAGCUGCUGCGUGUCCUCAGACUGCAGCAUGAUCGCGUCUGUCGGCAGAUUUGACAGAAUGGUGUGUCUGUGGAGUCUGCGGUCAUACACCUUCAUCAGAAAGCUGACAGGAGGAAACUACAAGACCUUGUUCCUGCUGUCCUCCUGUGACUUCUCUCCUGAUGGAGCGGUGCUCGCCACCGCAGCCUUCAGCGGCUCGAGCUGGUGGAUCGACCUCUGGGACCCGUACACCGCAGAGAAACUGGCCACUCUGGUAGACUAUUUUAAUGAUAUCGGGCAAAACCAAAUCUCCUCAAUACAGUUCUCUCCCAAUGGUUUGCACUUGGCGAUGGUGACUGACGACAGAGCACUUCGGAUCUGGGAGCCCGGGCAGAGGGGCAUGGUGAUGCAGACGAAGUCCGACCGAGCCUCUAACGGACUCUGCUGCAAGUACCAUCCACAGGGGGGAGUGAUCGCAACAGGAACCAGAGACGGCCAUGUGAGGUUCUGGAGGGGGCCCAGGACGGUGCCCAGCCUUUGCCACCUGUGCCGAUCCAUCCUGCGCCAGUCUGUCUCCACACACCAGAUGGAGCCGCUCCCCCUCCCCAAGAGGAUCCUCCAAUACCUCACCUACAGAAACAUCCCAGAGCGCCUCAAGACCUGCUGCUCGUCCGACGAAGAGGACUGGGAAGGUUAAAUAGGAAAAUUAACACAAUGCAACAACUGACAUUUACAGCGAGAGAUUGUCAUGCAUAAUGAUUUAACAGAAAUAGUUUUGUUUACG